CGGUACUAAAAGUACUUUCACUUGCACAGCGCUGAAUGCUCAGUAUGUUGCCUGAACAGUGCUUAACAAAAUAACACUCGGUACAUUGUAUAUACGCAUGUACCAUCGACAAAAUCUUAUCUUUCUACCAUAUGCAGUUGCCAUGGAAAAACGGACCAUUAGCAGUUAUCAUGAGAUUAAAGCCGUGGAUAGUCGUGAGUUUGUUUUGUGAAAAAAUCGAAAAAUGUAGGAAAUAGCAAGUUGUUUUGUUGUUUUGUGAGCUGCGAAGAGAAAGAUGAUGAAUCUCCUCAAAAGAAGUCACAUAACGUACAGGCCUUUAAAAAAUCAGGAUUGGAGCGAAAUUAGGCCGACAUUUGGGAAGAGGCAUGAGCAGGUGCUCCUGUAUUUUCUACUGAUCCUUAUAGCAUUUAGCAUAAGAGUGAAUUUAUCUGUAGGAAUCAUUGCGAUGACAGAUAAGACAGCUAGCAGUAAUCCAAACAUACCGACGUACGAAUGGCCAGACAAAAGCAUCGUCUUAUCAUCUUUCUUCUGGGGAUACAUCCUGCCUCAAAUCCUGGCCGGUCACCUCGCUAACCAAUAUGGCCCCAAGUGGUUCCUGGUAGCCUCAAUGACAAUUUGCUCAAGUGCAGGGCUCCUUUUGCCUCUUCUUGCCGGGGCUUUCGGUAGCAAAGGAGUCAUGGCAGUUCGUGCUAUCCAGGGGCUUGCCCAGGGGUUCAUCUUUCCAUCUGUACACACUUUGCUGGCGAAAUGGGUGCCCCCUGAAGAAAGAAGUAGAUUGGGGACAUUUGUAUAUGCAGCUGCUCACUUUGGAACCGUGGUGUCUAUGCUGCUGACUGGACUCAUAGCUUCCAGUUGGUAUGGGUGGCCAAUGGUGUUCUACAGCUUCAGUUGCGCUGGACUCAUUUGGGCUUGCAUCUACGCCUUAUUGGGCCACAAUACCCCUGCUACACAUCCUCAUAUCACCAUGGAGGAAAGAUACUUUAUUGAAAGCAGCUUGGGAUAUGGAGAAGGCAAACCAAUAGCUCGAACUCCAUGGAAGAAGAUCUUCACAUCCAAGCCCGUCUGGAGCAUUUUGUUGACACAGAGCGGACAGAACUGGGGAUUUUGGUUACUGCUUACGGAAAUACCUAACUACAUGAGUAACAUUAUGAAUUUCAACAUCAAAUCUAAUAGCGUGUUGUCUGCUUUACCAUACCUUGUGCUGUGGUUACUAAGCUUUGUAUUCAGUUAUGUAGCAGAUCUAUUGAUAAAUAAGAGCAUCUUGAAUAUAGGAGCAACACGGAAAUUGUUCAACUCCAUAGGUUUGAUAGUUCCUGCGAUAGCUUUAGUCUUGCUGGGUAACUCAGAUUACCAUGAUGCUGACAAAGCUGUAGCUCUAUUGGUGAUAGCAGUAGGAGCUAACUCAGCUGUGUUAUGUGGUUAUCAUGUGAACCAUAUAGAUAUAUCUCCAAAUCAUUCGGGUACCAUCAUGGGUAUUACGAAUGGCUCCUCGAAUAUAUUUGGGAUUAUUGCACCACUGUUUGUUCAAUUUAUAGUUACAAACGAGCAUGAUCCAAAUCAGUGGCAGGUGGUAUUUUAUAUAACAUCUGGAAUAUACGUACUCGCUAGCGUGAUAUUUAUAAUUUUCGCUUCUGGGGAAGUCCAGCCCUGGAAUGACGAAAUUUCACCAAACGAUAAAGAAAAAGAGAAAGUCUAGAAUUCCUUAGAGAUCAAACUUGAGAGCUGUGAUGUUAUACUUCAGCAAGUUAAUCUAAUGCAUUGGAAGGCCCUUGAAUGUUAAUCAGUUUGAGAAGACACCAUAGUCAAGGAUCUGAGAAUUACGAAAUAAUUCUUUGUAGCCAAAAACGGAGAUUACUUUAACUUGCUUGUACAAAAAGUUUCGACAAUAAACUGCGUUCUUAUUGGAGAAGA